CAUCCUGGUGCGCACCGCCGCCCCAACUCCCCGUCACCCCUGGGAGCCCUCUCGCUGCGAGUGGCUGGGAGUGAACAGGGCAUGGCAGAUUCCUGCCGGAACCUCACCUACGUUCGAGACUCGGUAGGACCUGCCACCAGCACCCUGAUGUUCGUGGCUGGUGUCGUGGGCAAUGGGCUGGCCCUGGGCAUCUUGGCUAUGCGAAGGAGGUCACACCCAUCAGCCUUUGCAGUGCUGGUCACUGGGCUGGCGGUGACAGAUCUGCUGGGCACGUGCUUUCUGAGCCCUGCGGUGUUCGUGGCCUAUGCUCGCAACAGCUCGCUACUGGGCCUGGCCCACGGUGGCUCAGCACUGUGUGACACUUUCGCCUUUGCCAUGACUUUCUUUGGCCUGGCCUCUACCCUCAUUCUCUUUACCAUGGCUGUGGAGAGAUGCCUGGCACUCAGUCACCCCUACCUGUACGCCCAGCUGGACGGGCCACGCUGUGCCCGCUUGGCCUUGCCUGCCAUCUACGCUUUCUGUUGCCUCUUCUGCUCAUUGCCCUUGCUGGGCCUGGGCGAGCACCAGCAGUACUGUCCCGGGAGUUGGUGCUUCAUCCGCAUGCGUUCUACCCAGCUGGGUGGCUGUGCCUUCUCCCUGGCCUACGCCAGUCUCAUGGCCCUGCUGGUGACCUGCAUCGUCUUCUGCAACGGCUCGGUCACUCUCAGCCUCUGUCACAUGUACCGUCAACAGAGACGCCACCACGGCUCGUCGGUGCCAACCUCUCGGGCGCGAGAAGAUGAGGUUGACCACCUGAUGCUGCUGGCUCUAAUGACAGGCAUCAUGGCUGUGUGCUCCCUGCCUCUCACGAUCCGAGGCUUCACCCAGGCCAUCACCCCAGACAGCAGCGAGAUGGGGGACCUCCUCGCCUUCCGCUUCAAUGCCUUCAACCCCAUCUUGGACCCCUGGGUCUUCAUCCUUUUCCGCAAGGCUGUCUUCCAGCGUCUCAAGCUCUGGUUAUGUUGCUCCUGUGUCCGUACUGCCCACGGGGACUUGCAGACGCCCCUUCCCCGGCCCGCGUCGGGGAGAAGAGACCCGCAAGCUCCCACUACUCUUCAGGCUAAGGAAGGGACCUGGGUACCCCUGUCAGCCUGGGGCACCGGGCAGGUGACACCGUUGGCUGCUGUCCCUCUGUCUGGCGGUGACAGUUGCUCUAUGGGAAGGCCACCCAAAACGGAAGCCAUGGUUGCCUGCUCCCUUUGUUGAUUGCUAACUAAGCUGGUCCUGCCUGUCAUCCUGGGCUUGGUGUCGCCAGACCAGAAGGCACAUCACAUCAGGGACUCAGCGGACAAUGGUGGAAGCCACAUAUUUGACCCCCAAAGUCUG